AUGAAAAGUGGGAAUACUGUUCAUUCACUCAACCAUCGUUUAGUUUCAUGCUCUAUUAGCAGCCUUCUGCGCUUUCACGUUGCGACCCUCAAUCACCCGCCCAUCACUCUCUGCAGCUGCAACUACCCCCAUUUCUCGCUGACUGAAUGGACACACGUGCUUCUCUGUGAGGAGGUACGCUUGCAACAAAAAAAAAUGAUGCAUGUGUCAUUCCCAACCCAUUUUCCUUUGCGUUUCUCGUUCAUUGGCUUGUUCUUGGCACAACAAAGGCAGAGGGGGCACGCCGAGUCACAGCUGACGUGUUGCAACGAGGUGCUACACCCCGCCGCUGCUGUGUAA